UGAAAAGUGUCUGGAUGAGCCAUAUAUUUUCCUUUUGUUCUGAGGAAAUAUGUUGAAGUGGUUUUGACCGACAUACAUCAGUGAGAAAUAUGGCUGGUCAAGGACAAAUAUUAAAGUACUGCGUAGGAAUCGUCAUAGCUGUCCUGCUGACCCAUGAAUGUGUUGUGGAAACACUUGAUUUUCCAGAAACAACUAUAGAUUUAGAGCUUAGCUACAUAGAUGGACAACUGCAUCACAGAAUACCAAGAAGCGCAGGUUUAGAGCUGUUGGAGUUCAUUGUGGUUGUUGAGGUGAAUGCAUCACAAGCUGUGGUGAUUGAACAAAUCAGAGCGUCAUUGGCCUCCAUCAGGUUUCCUCUUCAGCUGGACAACAACACUGAAGUUACUGCUGUAAACAUUACAACAGUGUGCCAACCAAAUGUGACCGAAUACCAGUGCGUUUGUGAAGAUGGUUAUGCAUGGUCAUACAACAACUGCAAGACAUAUGAGGCCUGUGGCGACGUCAGUUUUGGCUCAUGUGGAUGUAUCAAUGGUAUUCCCAGUGAUGGAGAGAUGUGUGUGCUGGAGAGCGAACUGCCCUUCACAGACUUCUUGUUUGAAAUUGAGUUGGAAUCAUCAAACAUCUCUGUGAUCGAUGAGAUGAGGCGAUAUCUGCAGAACAUCACUUUUCCACUUCAGUUUACUGAGAUGGUUGAAGUAUUAGAUGUGGACAUCACGACAGUGUGCAAUUUCAAUGACAGUGGAUACAAGUGUGUAUGUGAGGACCAGUAUUUCUGGCCGUGUGAUAAAUGCAAAGAAUAUGGGAGCUGUGACGGCAUCAAUAACAACACAUGCAGCUGCAUCAAUGAUAUUCCAAGUGACAGACAGUUCUGUCAAACAGCCAGCGAAAUAACAAAUAACACAGCAUGUGGGCAACCACCAUCAGUUCCUGUUGAAUAUCUAACUGAAAUUCAGAUAGAUGCAGAGAAUACUGCCACCAUUGAUCAGUUGAGGAACCUUCUGAUGUCUGUCAGUUUGCCCUACACAAUCACUGACAGCACUAACAUUACAGAAAUCAACAUAACUACUGUGUGUUCUCUGAAUGAAACACAGUAUCAGUGUAAAUGUGAGGAUCAGUUUGUUUGGCCGAAUGACACGUGUCACUCAUACGAGGCCUGUGAUGACAUCACUGAUGGUUCAUGUACAUGUAUCAAUGCCCUUCCAGCCGACGGACAGUUCUGCCAGUUAAAAGAAGUACUACCUUCUGACUAUGUGAUUGACUUCGAUGUGAGAUUCUUUGACUUGUUCCUGAUAACCUACUUACGGAAUCUCUUCACAAACAUCAACCUUCCUCUCACUUUGAGCAACAGCAUAAAUAUCACAGAUAUCGACAUAACUACUGUGUGUGGGUUAAAUGGAACAGAAUAUGAGUGCAAGUGUGAGGAGAAUCAUGUUUGGCCCAAUGACACCUGCAGGGCCUAUCAGGUGUGUGAUGGCAUUGUGGGAGGAACUUGUGGAUGUAUUCAAGCUCUCCCUUCAGAGGGGCCACUUUGCCAGAGAGACAUCAAUGAAUGUAAAGAUGCAGUGUCAGUGUGUGGUCAAUACUCAGAUUGUAUUAAUAUCAUUGGGAGUCACAUGUGUUCAUGCUGGAGUGGAUUUAAUACCUCCAAUAAAGACAGUCCUGUGAGCCGCAACAACUCAUGUCAGGAUAUAAAUGAAUGUCUGUUCAGUCCAUCUGUAUGUGGUCCAAAUUCCAACUGCACAAAUCAGCUGGGAAGUUACAAUUGUUCAUGUCUGGAUGGAUUCACUGCAACAGUUUCAAGUUUCCCCGUCAGCAUCAAUAACAUAUGCACAGAUGUGCAUGAAUGUCUUAACACAUUGGAGGUCUGUGGUCCAAACUCUCGUUGCAUCAACUCAAUGGGGGGUUACAACUGUUCCUGCUUGACUGGUUUUACAGUAACAAAUAGGAGUCGACCAGUCAGCACCAGUAACCCAUGCAAUGUGACUCUACCUUUGACUGAGUAUCUGAUUGAAAUUCAGAUCAAUAGCAUGGACAGCAGCAUCACUGAUCGGCUGAGGAACCUCCUGAUGUUUUUCAGGUCGCCCUACACAAUCAGCGACAGCACUAACAUUACAGAAAUCAACAUAACUACUGUGUGUUCUCUGAAUGAAACACAGUAUCAGUGUAAAUGUGAGGGUCUGUUUGUUUGGCCGAAUGACACGUGUCACUCAUACGAGGCCUGUGAUGUCAUCACUGAUGGUUCAUGUACAUGUAUCAAUGCCCUUCCAGCCGACGGACAGUUCUGCCAAGUACUACCUUCUAAAUACGUGAUUGACAUUGAUGUGAGAUUCUUUGACUUGUUCCUGGUGGACUACUUACGGAAUAUCGUCAGAAAUAUCAGCCUGCCUUUAACUCUGAGAAACAGCAUUAAUAUCACAGAUAUCGACAUGACUACUGUGUGUGGGUUAAAUGGAACAGAAUAUGAGUGCAAGUGUGAGGAGAAUCAUGUUUGGCCCAAUGACACCUGCAGGGCCUAUCAGGUGUGUGAUGGCAUUGUGGGAGGCACUUGUGGAUGUAUUCAAGCUCUCCCUUCAGAGGGUUCACUUUGCCAAAGAGACAUCAACGAAUGUAAAGAUGCAGUGUCAGUGUGUGGUCAAUACUCAGAUUGUAUUAAUAUCAUUGGGAGUCACAUGUGUUCAUGCUGGCGUGGAUUUAAUAUCUCCAAUAAAGACAGUCCUGUGAGCCGCAACAACUCAUGUCAGGUUUGA